CAAACUGAACAAGCGAAGAAACCCAGCAAUGACGACCUCCCCGAAGGCAUCGAUCCCAAAAUCUGGCACCGUGUCUUUAUCUCGACAUACAUACAAUAUGUCGCGACAUUGGCGAAUCCCUGGGAGGUUCCCGCCAAGCUGGCCUGUGAGAAGAUGCAGGUGAUAUGGGAUGCGAUCUUUCCCCAUAUUGGCCACACAGUGACAAGCCUUAGUUCAGUCUACUACAUCGCUGUCCAGCGAGUUGCCGACUCCUACCGCAGCAACAUUGGCUCCGCAGCUAUCGCAAUUAAAUUCCGGGGCCUUUAUCAAGGCGCAUUUGUUGUGCAAACCUUCGGUGCACACUUCACCGCGACCCGUGGUGCCCAAAAGAUACCUGGGGUAGACAAGCCAGGUGUACUAGCAAAUCCUGCUGGGGGUCUCGCAUUGUCAUGUGCUGCGGUCGAACGAGCUUUAACUCUCUGGUCUACUCAUACUCUCACCAUCAAAAUGGUUCAGGCCGCGAAGAACAAAACCAGCAUCUCGUUGCCGAAGACGAUGAAUCAGUUGACUGGCAAGGUGUCCUGUCGGCAAACAGGAUUCAACGACAUCUCCUGGGGUACAUCGACGCGCGCCUAUGCGAAGGCUAUCAUGAAGAAUCUCCGUGAAGACAAGUUCGAAGUCAUCAUUGCAUCUGCCAUGGAAUUCUCGAAGAAGAAGAGUCGUCCUGGCGAUGACGUUGAUGAUGCUGCUGUGGAGGAUGACCUUGAUCUGGAUGAACGCGCUCAGCUGGUGGACAUAUCCGACACUGAGUCUGAGGGAAAUGAUGGAUCUGACUCAGAUGUGGAGUAG